UGGAACAGUUUUUUAUCCUGGUCUGAUUUUCUGAGGCCCUACUGAAUCUGUGGACUGAAUCUAAGUGGCGAGCUCCAGGUAAAAGCCCCUUCAGACAACAAGAGAGACAGGUCCACUCAGACGUCCCGUGUCCUGUCCUCGUCUCACAGGCAGCCAUGGCUCUGCUGUCGGUCCUCACGCCCGUCCUCGCUCUGCUUCUGUGCCUGGUGAUAGGAUUUGUAUUUCUGAGAUCUCGGGAGACUUCGAGAACCCCUGGGAAAGACAAAGAAGCCUCAAAAUUGGACUUUAGACCAUGGGUGGACCAGGAUUUACAGGAUGAUACAGAAAUUACAGAGAGAGAUGAGGAUGAGUGGGUGGACAAUGAUGAAGAGGACGACCUUCCACACGUGCCCUACUCACCUCCUCGUUACUGCGAGGAGACAAUGCUGCAGAGGUCCAAGGAUUUUUACACCCUGAUGAACCAGCGAAGGUCUGUCCGAUUCAUCAGUCCUGAGCCGGUCCCAAAAGAAGUCAUCGAUAACAUCAUUCUCACGGCAGGAACAGCACCUAGUGGAGCUCACACGGAGCCCUGGACAUUUGUUGUGGUGUCAGAUCCAGAGACAAAGCACCAGGUCCGACUGAUCGUGGAGAAAGAGGAGGAGGUGAACUACCGACAGAGAAUGGGGGAUAAGUGGGUCCACGAUUUGGCCAAAUUUAGAACAAAUUGGAUUAAGGAGUAUCUGGAUGUGGCUCCAUACCUGAUCCUCAUAUUCAAGCAAACUUAUGGGAUUCUACCAAAUGGCAAAAAGGAGACUCACUAUUACAAUGAAAUCAGUGUUUCUAUAUCCUGUGGGAUCCUACUGGCAUCUUUACAGAAUGCAGGUCUUGUCACCGUCACGACAACACCCCUUAACUGUGGCCCCCAGCUCAGGAUCCUCCUUAAACGGCCAGCCAAUGAGAAGCUCCUGAUGUUACUUCCUGUUGGUUAUGCCGCCGCCGCCGCCACUGUGCCAGACCUGAAGCGCAAGCAUUUGGAGGAUAUAAUGGUCCAUGUCUAAACAAAUGAAAACAUAUUUUAAAGCAAAAUUUUGUUUAUUAUUCCUUUCAAUAAAAAUGCCAACGCUUUUGCUAAAACUUUUUUUUGGUAACCCAUUGGAUAGUUACGCAACAUAAAACCUUUAAAAUCAAGCAUUGUUUUGUUAUUUUUAAAACAAUUAAAUAAAUGUCUUUAUUAACACACAAA